AUGGACAUCGACAAAGAGCCCGUCGGUAGUCUCCAUGUGGAGGCUACCACAAAAGAUGUGGCUACUGCAAAGAAGUUGGAUCAUCAGGUGCUAGAGCAUGAAAUGACUCUGCGGACAGCUCUGAUCAACUACCGCAAAGCAAUGCUUUACUGUCUGUUCUUCUGCUUCUCGGCCAUCCUUUGGGGCUAUGAUAUGCAGGUUAGCGGUGGUCUUCUCGCUGCCCCCGAGUUCCGCGCAGUCUUCGGCUACACUCAGCCCGAUGGCACCACCAUUCUGCCAGCAAGAUGGCAGGCAGCUUUCAACAUGAUCGCGACAGUGGGUGGAAUGAUUGGAAGCUUGCUGUGUGGCCCCAUCUCCCCUUACGUAGGCCGGAAGAUCAGUUUAGUGAUUGCCUGUGUCAUCUCCAGCGGCUCCAUCUUCUUGCAGUUCUUCGCCUUCUCCCGAGGUGUGCUUCUCGCUGGAAAGCUGGUGAACGGAAUUUCCCUCGGCAUGUUCCUUGUCACUGCAUGUGCCUACUGCUCCGAGGCAUGCCCAGUGGUGCUUCGUGGUAUCACGAUUGCAAUGGUGAAUUUGUUCGUCGUCAUUGGGCAGCUGCUUGGAAACUGCCUGAUUCGCGCUUUCGGUGCUCGGACAGAUACAUUUGCCUACAGAAUUCCCUUCGCCUUCCAAUGGUGUUUCCCUGCUAUUCUUCUCUGUGGAGUCUGGUUUUGCCCUGAAUCUCCAUACUGGUACGUGCAACGGGGCAGACAUGCUGAGGCCAAGAAGUCCCUCGAGCGUUUCCAAACCGGUGGGAGUGUCGAUUCCUGGCUCGUUGAAAUCCAGGAGACGGUCCGCAUGGAACAAGAAUACGCUAGCUCUGCUGGCUAUCUGGAUUGCUUCCGAGGAGUUGAUCUCCGUCGAACUAUGAUCGUCAUCGCUGUCUGGACUAUCAACUCUUUCAGCGGUGUCAACUUCGUGCUCAGCUACUCAACCUAUUUCUUCCAAAUUGCCGGUCUCCCUACCUCUCGAUCCUUUGACAUGGGCGUCGGUGUGACCGCCGUUGGAGUCGUCGGCAACAUCUGCUCAUGGUGGGUAAUCAACACAAUCGGUCGCAGAUCUCUAUUCCCCGGCAUGAUUGCUCUCACCAUCAUCGUGUUCGUCAUCGGUAUUCUCGACGUCGUACCAAAUUACAACCAUUCUAUUGCUUGGGGCCAGUCCGCAUUGAUCAUCAUCUGGAACUUCUUCUACGAUCUUACCCUUGGUCCUCUCGGGUACGUCAUCUGUGGAGAGAUGUCCUCUACUCGUCUCCGCUCGUAUGGCGUGAGUAUAGGUUUCUUCACACAAAAUUUCUGGACUCUCAUUAUGACUAUCAUUGUGCCUUAUAUGAUUAAUCCUGAUGAGGGAGAUCUCCGCGGCAAGACAGGAUUCAUCUUUGGUGGUUUCUCUGUCAUCGCGUGUAUUUGGACCUACUUCUGCUUGCCAGAGACGAAGGGGAGGACCUUUGAGGAGCUGGAUCAUAUGUUUGAACAGAAGAUUCCUGCGCGGAAGUUUGCUACAUUUGACCGAAGCGAACAUGGAGCGUAA